AUGGUCUUGCCAAGAUUUUAUGCUGCUUCAUCUCGUGCAGCUUUGCAAGCUGCGAGACGUGCUGUUCCCUUCACCGGUGUGAGAGGUUAUGCUGCUGCUGCCUCUUCUCAAGGUAAGGUUAGAGCCGUUAUUGGUGCUAUUGUUGAUGUUCAAUUUGAACAAGGUCAAUUGCCAGCUAUUUUGAACGCUUUGGAAAUCGACACUCCAGAAGGAAAGUUGGUUUUGGAAGUCGCUCAACAUUUGGGUGAAAACACUGUCAGAACCAUUGCUAUGGAUGGUACUGAAGGUUUAGUCCGUGGUGAAAACGUUUCUGACACUGGUGCUCCAAUUUCCGUCCCAGUUGGUAGAGAAACCUUGGGUAGAAUUAUCAACGUUAUUGGUGAGCCAAUUGACGAAAGAGGUCCAAUCAACUCCAAGAUGAGAAAGCCAAUUCAUGCUGAUCCUCCAUUAUUCGUUGAACAAUCCACUGCUGCUGAAGUUUUGGAAACUGGUAUCAAGGUUGUCGACUUGUUGGCCCCAUACGCCAGAGGUGGUAAGAUUGGUUUGUUCGGUGGUGCCGGUGUCGGUAAGACCGUUUUCAUCCAAGAAUUGAUUAACAACAUUGCCAAGGCUCAUGGUGGUUUCUCUGUCUUCACUGGUGUCGGUGAAAGAACCAGAGAAGGUAACGAUUUGUACCGUGAAAUGAAGGAAACUGGUGUUAUCAACUUGGAAGGUGAUUCUAAGGUCGCGUUGGUUUUCGGUCAAAUGAACGAACCUCCUGGAGCUAGAGCUAGAGUCGCCUUGACUGGUUUGACCAUCGCUGAAUACUUCAGAGAUGAAGAAGGUCAAGAUGUCUUGUUGUUUAUCGACAACAUUUUCAGAUUCACACAAGCCGGUUCCGAAGUGUCCGCUUUGUUGGGUCGUAUUCCAUCCGCUGUCGGUUAUCAACCAACUUUGGCCACCGAUAUGGGUUUGUUGCAAGAAAGAAUUACUACCACCAAGAAGGGUUCCGUCACUUCUGUCCAAGCCGUUUACGUGCCAGCUGAUGAUUUGACUGAUCCUGCUCCAGCUACCACUUUCGCGCAUUUGGAUGCCACCACUGUGUUGUCCAGAGGGAUCUCUGAAUUGGGUAUCUACCCAGCUGUCGAUCCUUUGGAUUCCAAAUCUAGAUUGUUGGAUGCUGCCGUCGUUGGUCAAGAACAUUACGAUGUCGCUACUCAAGUUCAACAAACUUUGCAAGCUUACAAGUCUUUGCAAGAUAUCAUUGCCAUUUUGGGUAUGGAUGAAUUGUCCGAACAAGAUAAGUUGACCGUCGAAAGAGCUAGAAAGAUUCAAAGAUUCUUGUCUCAACCUUUCGCUGUCGCUGAAGUCUUCACUGGUAUCCCAGGUAGAUUGGUCAGAUUAAAGGACACCAUCUCUUCUUUCAAGGCUGUCUUGGACGGUAAGUACGAUCACUUGCCAGAAAACGCCUUCUACAUGGUUGGUGGUAUUGAAGAUGUUGUUGCUAAGGCUGAAAAGUUGGCUGCUGAAGCUAAUUAA